AUGAACAGUGAAGAAUUUAAUGCAGCUCUACAACAGAUCUCAUUAUAUUUGCUGGGAGACUCCUCCCCACCCACUACACCCUCUGCUGACAUUAACCCAGGUCUUAAAGAAACUUUAAUCUCAGCAGAUGGCGGAGAACAGAUUCCUGACAAUUUGGAAAAAGGCGGCAACAUACAAACUGCAAAUAACAAACAUUACAUAUCUCUGCAACAGAUCUCAUUAUAUUUGCUGGGAGACUCCUCCCCACCCACUACACCCUCUGCUGACAUUAACCCAGGUCUUAAAGAAACUUUAAUCUCAGCAGAUGGCGGAGAACAGAUUCCUGACAAUUUGGAAAAAGGCGGCAACAUACAAACUGCAAAUAACAAACAUUACAUAGGAGUGCGGCGCCGCCCUUGGGGAAAAUUUGCUGCAGAGAUCAGGGAUUCCAACAAGCAGGGGGCUCGCGUUUGGCUCGGUACUUUUGACACUGCAGAGGCGGCUGCUCUCGCAUAUGACUCUGCCGCUUUCGGAAUGAGAGGCGCAAAUGCUAGGCUAAACUUUCCUCUCAAUGUUUCAUCCUACCUGAAGUUGGGCUCAGUGUGUGUUCACAUGCGCCGCAAAAAGAGAGGUCUACAGGGAAAGGAAUUGGAUGUAAAAAUGCCGCCAGCAACGAAGAUUAAGAGAACAGUAAUACAGCACGGCAAUUCAUCAAGAAACAACAAAACAGAAAAAACAGAAACCAUUCUUACAUAA